AUUCACUCUCCAUUCUCUUGGCUGAAAUGACGGACACCGGAGUAGCACAGCAAAUCUCUAUCUUCCGCUCCCAAAUCAACAACAAAAGCAGAUUCAGCGACGAUUCUCUCCGAAUUCUCGAAUCAGUUCUCGCCUCCAAUGACGUUAAAUCGCUUUUUCAAAUGCGAUCAAGCUUGAAAGAGUUUAUCAGAUCUGAAUCUCUCUCCGUUAUUCGUCAAAUUGCGGCCAAACCUGUAGAUCAACAGCUCUCUGUUCUCGAAUUCUUUGUUCGAGCUUUUGCUAUCAUCGGUGAUAUCGAGAGUUGUUUGGCUUUGCGGUACGAGGCUUUGGUUCUUCGCGAACAUAAGUCUCAAAUCCAACAAUGGCUACAAGUUUCACAUCUGGAAUGGCUUAAUUUUGCGGAGCAAUCACUAGAAAGUGGUUUUUAUGCUAUUGCUGCAAAGGCUUGUGAUUAUGCACUAUCAUGCCUUGGGAGGAAUGGUGUUGCAGAGUCCAAAACAGAUGAAUGGUUUGAAAAUUUGCAAGUUACUGAAAAAAUAAACAAUCUUAAGAAUUCUGCACUAACAUUGGCAGCUUCACACUCUGUUCAGGCACAGACAGCGAAAUACUUGAGAAAGAAAACAGCUGAGAAGAGCAAACUACAGCCUCCAACUUGUAAGAAAGCACCUUGUGCUGCCAGCAAGCUGUACAGAAAUGGCAUUAAAACGCACAAUGAGCGAAAAUUGAAAGCAAGCCAAAGGGUACAGCUCAUUAGUAUUGAAUCUGACUCAACUGCCAAAUUUCCUUGCACCAAGCAGUCUGUUUCUUAACCAUACAUGCCAGAGAAAACAUUGCAGGUUCUCUUUUGAUGCUGCUAAUUUUUACUCUUAGUUUCACAUGGUAAAGAUUUGUAUGACAAAUAAUCUAAUUAAUGAUAUUAGUUAGCAUAUCUCCUAAGGUACACUUUUCUCCAAUAGAAAGUCAGUCUCUUG